AUAGAGCACCGAGGGGCUAAUAUCCUAUAUAUGUGUCGCGCAGUUUAUUCUUCGAUACUUCAUCAUCUUUAGAAGACACUAAACAGUAGAAACUAAGAGAGGAAAUGAAGGCCAUAAUGUCAUUACGGCAGAAGAAUUUAAUAGCGUACUGUGUUAAGGAGAAAAAACCAUGUAUUGGUUGGGUGAAUAGGUAUUUCAAGGAUUGCCUUUGCAACCUAAGUGAUGAAUUCUCCUUUGCUUUUGGUCUUGUCAGCCUCUUCUGUUGGGCUGUCGCUGAAGUCCCACAAAUUAUCACCAACUUCAGAACUAAAUCAAGCCAUGGCGUUUCACUUCUUUUCCUUCUUGGUUGGGUUGGCGGUGACAUAUUCAAUCUAGCAGGUUGCCUUCUUGAGCCUGCAACGUUGCCGACUCAACUGUACACAGCUGUGCUCUACACAACUACUACUAUAAUACUAGUGCUGCAAAGCUUGUACUAUGACUAUUUCUAUAGGUGCUGGAAACACAGAGAUGAUGACUCUGGUCAAGAGGUUGAAGAAGUGAAGAAGCCUUUGAGACCACAAAAACCAACAGAUUCAGGGAUUCCAAUACCCAAAGGCAUAGGAGUAUCCGCUUCACGCCGUAUGGACUUCUAUUUCACGUCUGCAAGAUCAUUGGCCGGCAGUGCAACCCCGCCAUUUAGGUCCAAUCUAAGGCCUAUUGCAAGUGGACCGUCAGCAGUGGGGCUUAACCACAAUUACUCUUCAGAUGAGGACACAGUUGAUGCACCACAAAAUAUUUCCGUUAGCCAACCCAAGCCUAUCCCACGAUCUGCAGGUUAUGGAGCGUUCUUAGCCACAUCGUCGGGACUGCCUCACCAGACAAAGGCUUUAAUUGUUGGGUUUGGUGGAAGAAAACUAUUACAAGAGCACGGGACGGAACACAGUGCGGUUGGCCAAGUUUUGGGGUGGAUGAUGGCUGCUGUUUACAUGGGUGGUCGGCUACCUCAAAUUUGGUUAAACAUUAAACGAGGGAAUGUCGAGGGUUUAAAUCCUCUCAUGUUCGUCUUUGCACUCAUCGCCAAUGUCUCUUACGUAGGGAGUAUACUACUUAGAUCAACAGAAUGGAGUAAGAUUAAGGCCAAUAUGCCUUGGUUGUUGGAUGCUGUUGUCUGCGUUAUGCUAGAUUUAUUUAUCAUAUUACAAUAUGUGUACUACAAAUACUUCCGAAAGCAGUCUUCCACUUCCAAUGACAGAGAUGAUGAAGGAGCCUACAAAGAAGCGGAUAAAUAUUGAAGGAAAAGUGCAAACAAUGUGUGUUGCUGCUCUAUUAUAUAGAUGUGAAGUCGUGGAACCAAAUCUCCAAAAUACCGAAAGAUGUUUGCGGUUAUUUCUCCUUGUAAAUCGAGUCUUACAUCCCUUCUUUAUUUUUUUUUCCCUUUCAAUUGUAAGAUCUCUUUGACCUAUGUUUUCCUGAUUGUCUUCAGGUUGAUGAGUUCUUUUUUAAGCCUAUAGAAGAAUUGGAGAGAUUAUUUCAGUUUGGAGACCUUUAAAAGCUUGUCGAAACUUAUAAUUUAAUUAGUCGUCUCAGGUUUAAGUACUCGAGUAUGUUUAUUUAGAGUAUGAGCUAUGGCAUACGUUAUUUAUAGCAUAGCUAGACUUUUUUUUCUCGUUUUGGGUUGAUAACCCCCUUUUUCAGGAGUUUUCUCACUUUGGUAGUUUGGUGAUUCGAGCCGGCAAUCUUAGGGUUGAAGAUGAAGAGUACUUACCAGUUGAACCACCCUCUCUUAUAGUGUCACUUACAUUUCGUUUAAAAAUAAUACGUUAUACGGGUGUAUUAUC